AUGGCCCUGUUUUCCCCCUCGCAGGUCGCCCUGAUCUGCAAAGCUCUGCAGGAGAGUGGCGCGUUGGAGCACCUGUCCCGUUUCCUUUGGGCUCUGCCACCUUCGCUCACCUUGGGUCAUCUCCAACGCUUGAGACGUUCUCCCAGCAGAGAUCAUGGGCUGCAGGUCCUGUGCCCACCAUCCGUUCGGGAACUGCCCCUGGCCAGCCUGAUGGGCUCCCAGCCCUUGGGAGACCCCAGAUCGAUCCACCUUGGAGACCACUUCCUUGAAUUUCCAUCCCAAGGCUCACCUGUCUGGAGAAGUGGCUCUCCUCUGCCAGGAACUUCGGCCCAAAACGGCAAACAGAAAGCCAACAGGAUCAAGGUCGCCCUGAUCUGCAAAGCUCUGCAGGAGAGUGGCGCGUUGGAGCACCUGUCCCGUUUCCUUUGGGCUCUGCCACCUUCGCUCACCUUGGGUCAUCUCCAACGCUUGAGACGUUCUCCCAGCAGGGAUCAUGGGCUGCAGGUCCUGUGCCCACCAUCCGUUCGGGAACUGCCCCUGGCCAGCCUGAUGGGCUCCCAGCCCUUGGGAGACCCCAGAUCGAUCCACCUUGGAGACCACUUCCUUGAAUUUCCAUCCCAAGGCUCACUUGUCUGGAGAAGUGGCUCUCCCCUGCCAGGAACUUCGGCCCAAAACGGCAAACAGAAAGCCAACAGGAUCAAGGAAAAGAUCCAAAAACUGUUGAGAGAGUGGUACCUGAAGGAUCCUUACCCAAAUCCUUCCCAAAAAAGGCACCUGGCCCAGACCACCGGACUUACUCCCACCCAGGUGGGUAACUGGUUUAAAAACCGCCGGCAGAGAGAUAGGGCCGCCUCUGCCAAGCACAGCCAUCUCCAGACGAGGGGCGAAGUGGGGAGAGGAUCGCCCCAAAUUUCAAUAUAAGCCAAGUGCAAGAAAAGAAGAAAAGGAAAUACUUAUAUAUAUAUAUGCAAAAAUAUGAAAGGAAGGAAGGAAGAAAGAAAUGAAAACAUACCAAAUGUCUAUUUGGAGACUUUGCUGUGUCGGUAAAAUGAAAACGAUGGAGGAUCGACUUGAAUCGAUUUUGCCAACUGUUUGUUUAUUGGAACCAGAUGCCUGGCUGGACAAUUCCCUUGAAUGAUCAAUUAAAUACACUUAAGGAACAACAACAACAACAUCAACGAACAGUUUGGAUUCAAUCCAUCUUCCUGGAGCGCCACAGGGAGAAUUUCUAGGAAUAGUUGAAAAACUUUUAUUUCCAAUUCUUCGGCUGGGCUUUGUGAGGCUGCAAAAGGAUGUUUUUCCCCCCACAUGUUGGCUUUGAUCAGAGCUAGAAGUUAGUUCUUCUCUUCCAGGAAGAGCCAUCCUGGUUAGCAAGGCAGUUCCAGAGGGAAGGUUAUUCCCACAGUUGUUUAAGACUGGACAACAAGGAUGGA